AUGACCAUUCCCGAAUCCCGUGUGAUCAUCGUUGGCGGUGGUGUUUUCGGGUUGAGCACCGCCCUUUGGCUGGCCCGUGGUGGCUAUAAGAAUGUCACUAUCUUCGACCGUUGCAGCUUCGACAAGAACCACUACAAUCCUUCAAAUGGAUGUGACGGUGCCUCCGCCGAUAUCAACAAAAUCUUCCGGGCGACCUACGGAGCGCAGGAACAUUCACAAGACCUUGCUCUAGAAGCUAGGGAUAUUUGGCUUGAAUGGAACCGGUCUAUUAAAGAGAGCUGUGUAUCAGAUCUCCCCCACCCUCUGACUCCCGAAGAUGAACUACUCACUCUCUGUGGUGUUUAUCAUUUGGCCGAUGGUCCCAACAUGAUUGAGCGCUAUGUGGAGAACUUGCGCGUGAUGGAGGACACAGCACCCACCUUCCGUGAAUUGCAAUUUAUCAAGGACAACAACGAUGAUUCUAAGCGGGCCAAGGACCUGGGUCCAGAAUGGGCCAAAAAAUACCACCUCUUUGACAACUUCAAGGACGGUGCUACGAACGGGUUCCUCGAUGCGGGCUCAGGAAUCACACUUGCUGACAAGGCCUGCGUGUACGCGCGCCACUUGUGUGAAAAAGCGGGCGUCAAAUUUAUCCUAGGUCGACCUCAGGGUGAACUUCAGGAGUUGAUCACCGAGAACCAAGACUCUGGCAAACGUGUUACAGGCAUAAAGACACGCGAUGGGUUGAGUCAUUCGGCUGAUCUUGUUGUUGUUGCCUGUGGUCCUUGGACAUCAACUGUUCUCCCGGAAGCACAUCGCUCUGUGGAAGCCACUAUGGGCACGGUCAUGUUUAUCGAUAUACCAAAGGACCGAAAGGAUCUCAGAGAAAAGUUCCAUCCGGACAAUAUUCCCGUGUGGCGAUUCAUCCAGGGCGUCGGUGAUGGUCGCAUCUCAACCCCUCGGACAAAAUACAGCCCCGAGCCUAUCAACACCGUACCCCUGUAUGGUCUCGAUCUCAUGAAGCAAGUCAUCGGUGGAUUGUUUCCAGAGUUGAGAGAUAUUGGUUUCACUGACAGCCGGUUAUGCUGGUACACGGAUAGCAUUGACAAUGAGUUCGUGAUUGACUAUGUCCCUGGAUACUCUGACUCACUCUUCAUCUGCACUGGUGGCUCUGGUCAUGGGUUCAAGUUCCUUCCAAUUCUCGGAAAAUAUGUCAAAAACCAACUUGAGAAGGUCCCCGAUCGGUUCACGCCAAUUUGGAAAUGGCGCGCGGUUGAGGAAGGCAAAUAUUGCAACGGACUCGAGGAAGGCGAAACCGGUCCUCGUGAGAUGUCGAAGCUGAAGCUGGCAAAAUCCCAAGACUUCCAAUUUACUACCAAGAGUGGGCCCGCACUUUCAAGCAACCUUUCGCAAUUGAAUUUAAAGCCGCAAGAAAAGUCCCACCUAUAG